AUGGACUACCUGCAGACGUGCCUCAUCUUCUGCCUUCUGAUCCUCUAUUCCUACGGAGGACUGUCUAUAGACAUAUCACAAUGCAUCGCACCCCUGGGGAUGGAAUCUGGUGUGAUUCCCGAUGCAGACAUCACAGCGAGCUCGAGUUUCGAUAGCGGAAACGUCGGGCCACAUCACGGACGGCUGAGGCAAGAGAGCCACGGGGGCGCCUGGUGCCCGAAGCAGCAGAUCACGACGGAACCACGCGAGUGGCUGGAAAUCGAUCUUCACACGGUCCACAUGAUCACCGCCACCGGCACUCAAGGACGUUUCGGUAACGGGCAAGGUGUCGAAUACUCGGAGGCUUACAUGCUGGAAUAUUGGAGACCGAAGCUCGGAAAAUGGGUUCGAUACAGGGACGUCCGGGGCGAGGAGGUGAUCAAAGGGAACACGAAUACCUACCUGGAAUCGAAGCACGAGUUGGAGCCACCGAUGUGGGCGAGCAAAGUCCGUUUCUUGCCGUACAGUUACCAUCGACGCACCGUUUGCAUGCGAGUGGAACUGUACGGUUGCCCAUGGAACGACGGUAUCGUGUCGUACUCGAUGCCGCAGGGGGACAAACGCGGUAACUGGGAGUUCUUUGACGCGACUUACGACGGUUACUGGGACGGCCAGCUUCUUCGUGGCUUGGGGCAGCUGACCGACGGCAAAAUCGGACCGGAUAACUUCAAGAUGGGUUAUUACGAUUACGACCGGGGUCAGGGUUGGGUCGGUUGGAGGAACGACACCAGGUCCGGUCAUCCCCUCGAGAUUAAAUUCGAGUUCGACCACGUCAGGGAGUUCUCCGCUGUACACAUCUACUGCAACAAUCAGUUCACUAAGGAUGUACAGGUGUUCUCCGAAGCGAGUAUAAUGUUCAGCGUCGGUGGCCGUUACUACACCGGCGACCCGAUCGUGUACUCGUACAUGGAGGACAGGAUCUUCGAGCACUCGAGAAAUAUCUCCGUCAAGCUACACCAUCGGAUCGGGAAGUUUGUCAAGCUGAGGUUAAGCUUCGCCUCCAGAUGGAUCAUGAUCAGCGAGGUCACCUUCGACUCUGACGUCGCUCACGGCAACUUCACCCCGGAAGCGCCGCCCACUACCGAAGCGCCGAGAUUGCGGGAUCGAAUAUCAGCGCGUGACAAUCCACUUCAGGCGGAAGUGCCGGUCGUAAAGCAGGACGACCCGACUUACAUGGCAGUGAUCAUCGGCGUUCUAACCGCCGUGAUCCUCCUUCUGGCUGUCGCGAUCUUCCUGAUUGUCUCGCGACACAGGCAAAGGAAGAACUUCGCCAGCCCGUUGGGCGCGAAGAGCGCGAUACCAUCGGGCAAUCAUCAACACCUGUCCCCGGAGUCCGCGUACGGCACCACGGAGAAGGACCCGUCGUUGAUGACCUACAGAGUCGAGGAACUGGACGAUCGGUACGGUGGGACCAAACUGACGACCUUGCCCCGCGAUCUGAACGAUCGUCUGCUGGGCGACGUCAGGCUGGACGAAUACCAGGAGCCGUUCCACGAGAAGUAUCGGGAACCACCCCACGCAGCUUAUUACGGAUACAGUACUGUUGUUAUAGACAAUAAGGAUCUUCAUGACAGCGUCGAACAGUCUGAUGCCACUUACGAUUACGCAGUACCAAUGCCUGUGCCUAGUGUAAGCAGCGACCAGGACAGCGUGUUCUCGAAGUCAUCAUCAAGGGGUAGCGCGAAGGCGUGCUUGCAGAGCUUUUUCCCUCCGCCGCCACCACCAAUGUGCGCGCCGCCCCCGCGAGGAUCCAGCAAUCUGACGUACUCGAAUCCACCGAGCCCGGAGCCAGUCUGCGAGCGUGAUCGCAGGGGAAGCAAGCGUCGCGAGCACUCGUUGCACAGAUACGCGUAA